AUCUGACGCCUUGCAAUAAAGUUAUUAUUAUUGUUAUUAUUAUUAUUAUUAUUAUUAUUAUUAUUAUUAUUAUUAUUAUUAUUAUUACGGUUGUUGUAGUUGUUAUUGGUCUGACAAAACCUGAAACUCUGGAAAAAAAUCAAAUUAUUGCCGUUAAUAAGCAGGACAGUCAACUGCGUGUUUAACUUGCUUUAGAUUUUUUUUAUUAUUGUAGUAGGCGUAAGUGAAAACAUUUAUGGUAACAACGCUGUAAUUAAAAUGUAAAUAUGUGUUGAUGUGCAUUUAUAGUACAUAUAAUACAGACGGGCCAUUUGGAGACAGGAGUUUCACAUACCCUUGGUGUAAAUAUAACUUACUAUUUAUAGUAUAUCCACCCACUUGCCCACGACUGUUCUCUGAUUAAACAUAGCCUAAACAUAACACUUAUAAAGAAGCAAAAACACGUUUCGUACUUACACCAAGAAUGACCGAAUUCCAACCGUUUGAGCAAGACUUCUACCAGUCAACCUAUAACAUAGAUGACCAAGGGCAGAACGUAUCUGACUUAGAAGGAACGCGGCAGAAUCCCAAUAUUGUCUACGGCAGGAUGGGGCCAGGUACGUAUAACCCUUCUGUGGUACCUGGUUCCCCCGUUCAGCCUUACACCGGACAGCUCUUUCAGCCCUCGGAGGUUCCUGUGACAUCAGCCCACCCAGCUGCAGACAACUUUGCAGAUGAACCACCUUUACUUGAAGAGCUGGGAAUUAAUUUCGACCAUAUCUGGCAGAAGACUCUGACAGUAUUAAACCCAGUUAAGCCAGCAGAUGGCAGCAUCAUGCGUGAGACAGACCUGACUGGACCUGUACUUUUCUGCAUAGCCCUGGCUGUCACGCUGCUUAUGGCUGGGAAGUCCCAUUUCGGCUUUGUGUAUGGGGUCAGCGCAAUGGGCUGUGGGGGUGUGUGCAGCCUGCUAAACUUGAUGAGUGACAUAUCCGUGUCCUACGGCUGCGUGGCCAGUGUCCUGGGCUACUGCCUCCUGCCCAUGGUGGGCCUCUCAGCUUUUGCCGUGUUCUUCACCCUGCAGGGCAUUCUGGGAGUUGUGCUGGCGCUCCUCGUCAUUGGCUGGUGUAGUCUGGCUGCCUCAAAGAUCUUCAUAUCCACAUUGGCCAUGGAGGGCCAGCAGCUGCUGGUAGCUUACCCUUGCAUGCUCCUCUAUGGGGUCUUUGCACUGUUGACAGUCUUUUGAGACGACCCCAGCAGCUUUAAUUCAGUUUGAGAGGAGGUGUUACAGCUUAAAGAAAAUCCACUAGGCUCUCCCUCAAGUUAAAACAGGAAUCUGACAGCACAUUUUUAUUAGAUUUUUAUCUUUUAUUAGUUUUAUUUCUGUUAGUUUGAGAGUGAACUUUAUAUUUUUUCUGAUAUUGCUUCAUUUUCCCCCCACAUUUAUGGUUUUUCUUUUGAAUAUAUAUCUUUUUGGUUUAUUAUUUUGUUUGUUGAGUAAUACAAAAAAUGUCACGGUGUUAUACAUUCAUAUCCAACUGUCAAAUCCAGGUCAGCGAUGUUCCAAAUCUUGUAACCAAAUCAUAUCUGAUAAGCCCUUUUUCAGUUGGAUUGAUUUACAAAGGAUGGAUUCAUAGUCAUUUGCUACUUCAUGUAGAUAUGUUGUUUCUUUCAAGAAAGUGACUAAAGUAUCACUAACUGAAGUCUUUCAAUUUCCAUCCAUCCAUCCCUUUUCCAAAACGCUUAUCCUACUGGGUUAAGGGGGGUCCGGAGCCUAUCCCGGAAGCAAUGGGCACAACCAAGGAUGGGGGGCCAGCCCAUCGCAGGGCACACUCACACACCAUUCACUCACAUAUGUACACCUACGGGCAAUUUCGCAAGUCUAAUUAGCCUCAGCAUGUUUUUGGACUGCGGGGGGAAACCGGAGUACCUGGAGGAAACCCCACGACGACAUGGGGAGAAUAUGCAAACUCCACACAUAUGUAACUCAGGCGGAGACUUGAACCCGGGUCCCAGAGGUGUGAGGCAACAGUGCUAACCACUGCACCACCAUGCCGCCCAGCACUGUUCCUUCAUUAAAGAUUUAUUUUUUGAAUUUCAUGUAAAUACUUUCAGCUUUCAUAAUGAAUGAUUUUAAAAAUAACCACCAAUGAGCAUAAUGUGUUUUUUUAUAGUGUGAAAUAAUAAUAAUAAUCGAUACUUUAUUGAUCCUUGUAGGGAAAUUGUCUUUACAUCUCCCACAACUUGCUCUUUUUUCAUAGAGGAAGUCAUCUGCGAUGGGCUGCCACCCGUAGCGGCGCCCAGGGAGCUGGGGGGGUUAAGGGUCUUGCUCAAGGACCCACAGACUGAGGCUGGGUUUGAAUCUUAAUCACGCAGGGGAACCGGUAUAGAUGUAGGAAAAAAAAAUUAGGGGUAUAUAGUUUUCUCUUAGCAUUUUCAGGAUGGCAGGAAAGUUGUUUCAGUCGGGGAAAAAAGUUUCUGGUUGUUUUGUUUGUUGAGUUUCUCUGUUCAUCAAUAAAUUACAGCUAGGUUUUUGGAAACUGGUGGACUUUUUGUCUUAGAAAAGAAAUCUGGAGUAUUUUUCCUACACUAUCUUGAUUUAUUUUUUAUUUUUUUAUCCAGUUGCGGAAACUAUGUGUAUCCAUAGAUGUUGUGUCUGGGGGGAAUCAGAUUUUAGGAAUACUUUGUUAUAUUUUAAUAUGUAUUUUAAUAAAGUAACCUGUAAGACGCACACGUACUCACUCUCACCCACGUAAAACUGAGAAUGGGAGAGUGCAAUAUGGCAAACGAAGUGGAAGUUUGAAGGCUUCAUCCUCCCGGCCGUGAUGGAAACCUGCUGUGACACCGUGCAGUCCGGCCAGACGGCUCCGGGUUUGCCAGACGUCAGUGGCCCCUGAAUGUCAGCGGCAUUCAGCGGGGCGCUUUCACACCUAACUGGACCUUAACCGAACUCACAUGCUGUUUCUACAGCAUCUGCAUUUGAAAUGGCUCUGCAUCACUCACUUGUUUCUCUGUCUCUCUCUCCUGUUUCUCAGUUUCAUGACCCUCUGAGUACUCAGGACCUGUGUGAGACCAGUAAUCUGGUCUGUUGACCUUGGUCCUUGCCCAACAUGGCAGGAAGCUCACACGCAUGUGUCUGUGUGUGUGUGUGUGUGUGUGUGUGUUGGUUACUGGCCUCUUGGAACUUGGAUUUUAAGGUUAUAUUAAGGUUAAGGUUAUAUGUAUAUAUUUCUGUUGAGUGUUGCGGCAGCGUGUGGCUCAGUGGGCUAAGCCUGUGUCAUUAUAAUCAGAAGGUCGCAGGUUUGAA